AUGAGCUCCGACUACGACCUCACUGUGAGCAUGGUGCUGGCCUCGCUCAGGGCCGCAGUGGUGACCGCAUCAGGCUACAUUUCGCGGUUCAAGCAAGCCUAUCCCGAAAUUUGGUCGCUAUUCAUGUGCGUUCUCGUUCUGUACGUGGGUGCUAAAUUGGUGCUCAGAAUGGCCAGAAUGAUUUACAGAACGCUCGUCAGUGCCAUAAAGCUGGUGCUAUUUCUUGCCGUUGUUGCUGUCGCGAUCCAUCUAUACAACAACAAGCCCGGACUGUCGGAAUUGGUGCCUCAAAUCCAGUAUACUCUGAUUCAGCUGUAUCAUCUGCUAAAGAUGCUUGUUGCACUUGUAGCAGGAACGCUGGCCAGGUAUGACUGGAAAAACCUCUCAAAGGCGGAUCUGGAUCGCCUACUGGACUCUCUGAAGGCCAUGCGGGGUCAAUUCGAGACUCUAUUCCAGCUAAGACUGAACUGA